GCCGAGCCGGGACGCGCCGAGCCAAGCUGAGCCAAGCCAAGCCAAGCCAAGCCAAGCCGAGCCGCGGGUGCCCGGAGCCCCGGAUCGCAGCCCGGGAUCGCAGCCCGGGAUCGGUGCGUACCGCGGGGCCGAGCCCCGCUCCCCGCCGCGCUGAGCGGACUCUCCCCGGCAGCGCCGGGCGGACAUACGGACAUACGGACGGACGGACGGACCGCAGCUCGAGUCCCGGAGGGCGCAGCGCUCGCCUGCCUUCCCGGUGAAGGGGCGGGUGCUCCGGGAUCCUCGGCAGAGCCGGCGCGGGCGGCAGCGGGACGGAGCGCGGCCCCGCAGCCAUGGCAGAGCACAUGAUGCUGCCCGUGAGCCACGGGGGCAGCGGGCUGCAGGGCUACCGCGUGGCGGUGGGCGGGCUGCAGGGGCCCCCGCAGCACGGGCAGCAUGUGCUGAGGACGCUGCCCGCCGGCGGGCAGAUGGUGCCCUACGGAGGGGCUGGCAUGGACGGUGCCAUGCGGCCCAGACCCGCCCCCGGCGCACAGAUGAGCCACCACCAGAUCCCGGGCGCCGUGAUGUUCGGCGGCCCGAGCCAGCAGCAGCAGUACGUGGGGCCGGUGGGCACCCAGCAGCUCAUGGCCAGCAUGCACCUACAAAAACUCAACACCCAGUACCAGGGUCACCCGCUGGGUAUGAGCAACGGGCCCAUGGGAGCUGGUGCCCAGCAGUACAGAGUGGGGCCAAGCCAGCACCCGGGCAUGCAGCAUAUGCCCUCACCGGCACUAACCUUGAAUGUUAUGGACGCUGAUCUCGUAGACGAGGAGGUCUUGACAUCCCUUGCCCUGGAACUGGGGUUGGACCGGAUUCAGGAGCUGCCAGAGCUAUUCUUGGGACAGAACGAGUUCGACUUCAUUUCAGACUUUGUUAGCAAACAGCAACCCAGUGCCAUCAGCUGCUGAGGGGCUUGGAGCUCCUCCUUGUGUCUCGGUGGUUUUGUUUCUAACUUCCUUGUCCACCUGCCAUCCUCCCUUCCCUGCCUUGCCUUGUCCUGGAUUCCUGAGGCAGUCAUUGGACACUGGCUUUUCUCUUCUGCGUGUUUUUUCAUUUGUGAGUCCCUGGGGAGGGGGUGUGUACCCCAAGCAGGAGCAGAUCAAGAGCCCUUGCUGUAGAGCUGCCUCUAAAUGGCAUUAACAGGAUUUCUGGCUUAAGUAGAAAUAAUGGACUUAGGACUUUCCUCAACCAGGCUUGGAGUGCAGGAGGCAACGGGCAGCUGGCAGCCCUGCUGGUAGCUGGAUUUGCUCAAGAGUUCUGUGGUGCCAGUGAAGUUAAAGGAUCUCCUGAGAGAUGAUUGUCUCCCGGGUGCAUGGUUUGAACUGGUUUCCCCUUGCAAACACAGAUAUUUGUUGGGACUUUUUACUGUGACAGCAACUAGGUCUUCAGUCUUGCCUGUUCAGCUCGGGACGGGGGCACUUCCCUCCAGCAGGCUUUUUUCUAACUGGCUGAGCAAAAUCAAGUGUGCCUUGGGGGAGGGUGUGCAUACAUGCCUAAGUGUUCAUCUCCGUGGAACUUAGGAUCUCUGACCUCUACAGCUAAUCAACUGUAAAAUUUACAAAGUGUUUGAGGCUGAUUCAGGCAUGAGGCUUAAAGCUGCAGUCUAGCUCCACUUUUUUUUCCACCUCUGAAACCAAAUAAAGACCAUGUAACUGUAUAUUCCAGAUCUAAUUUUAUUUAUUAUUUUUUUUUCCUAUGAUUAUUUAUUUGCAAGGGCUUCUUACGUUACUUGGCUUCGGGACUGCUGGGCAGGAUGCAUGGAGAGUACUGCAGCUUUAAGAUGCUGGCUUCAAAAAAAAAAACCAGCCUGAGAUCGUUCUCAAGCUGCUCUGCAGUAGCUGCUUUGACCUGACAUCUUUAUGCUGAACACAUAGGACUGUAAAUCCAAAACCUUCCUGGAUGUGAUAAAGAUGACUGGAUUUCUAAUUCCCUUACUCAGAAAAGGUCAAAUGUAAAAGCGAGUGGGGUUUUGUUUCCUCUGCUGUCUCUCGUUUCCAGGCACUGUGCAAAGCUCCCGACAACUCCUAGUUGCUGCUGCCCCCUGCUGCUGCCAGCUCCUGGCAGCUCACUCACCAACCAAAAGAGAAUGUACAGAUGAAUUUGCAAAUAAAAGCUGAAAUCUC